CUGACUGUCGACGUGUCUCAUCCUGUGUCCAGGGCGGUGGCUGUGAGGCUGGUUGUUUCGCCCAUCUAAUUGGGGGUGAAAUCCCGGGUUCGCAUACCACAUCCAUGUCGGGUUUCGCGGAUUUCGAUGCCGGUCAUCGUGACCUGGUGUCAGUGACCAAAUUCAACUUCUAUGGCAAUCGCAUCCUAACGGCUUCAACCGACCAUCGCAUGAAGGUUUGGGACCAGAAAGAUGGAGAAUGGCGAUUAGUAGAUACAUGGCGCGCCCAUGACGCGGAAAUCCGCGAUGCGACUUGGAAUGGACCUUUCACUGGCCAGCACAUUGGCAGCGUGGGGGAAGAUAUGAAAUGCAAGAUAUGGCAAGAAGAUGUUACGCAGCCUCUCAACUCGGGUCGGCGUUUCAGAUCCAUCUUUCGCAUGACAGCGCCGCAGCGCCACCCGUUCGUCUCCAUUGACUUUCGCAACAUCGAUCUCGAAUCGUGGCUCGCGGUAAUCACGCGCGACGGGUAUCUAAUGGUUAUGGAGCCGGUCAGCCCGGACACCCUUGCCGAUUGGCAGCCCUUGGAUCAAUUCCGUGUCUGUAGUGCGCCUCAGAGAGGGGAGGAAACAAGCUUCAAGGUUCAGUUUCACCACGACCCUACGGACAUCACCCAUUCGGUCUCACCAUCUUGGGACAGGAAAAGCCUUUCUCUAGUGGUGGCAGCUAUGGACAGUGUUAAAGUGUACCGCACCGAUGCCAAUCGACGCUUUUACCAUGCGAUCGAGCUAAGCGGCCAUGGUGGUCUGGUCCGAGACAUUUCCUGGGCAAAUGGCUCGGUUCGCGGAUACGAUCUGAUUGCGAGCGGGUGCAAAGACGGAUUCAUUCGUGUAUUUGAAGUGUACACCUCCCCGUCCGAAACCAAGACCAAGAAACAAAAUGGCAGCCAUUCUCGAUCUGCCUCGCAGUCGCUAUCAGUGCGCACGCAAGCCCAGUCGGGAAUCGGAUCAGCUCUGGCAAAUCAUGCCCCUGCCUCGCUAUCCGACCGUGCGGCAACAGAUGAUUCCAAUUUCAAACAUUCGUACAAGGAAGUCGCCUGUAUUGAUAGCAAACACCUUGACGUGUGGCAAGUGGGCUUUUCCUACGCCGGCGAUUGCCUUAUCUCCUCGGGUGAUGAUGGUGCUGUGCGCUUCUGGAAGAAGUCUCUUUCAGGGCAAUGGCUCGAAUAUGCCGAAACUGAUAUGGCUUCUCAGUGAUUUACUUCCCUGGCUGGAAUUUGUCGAUUAGAUUUAUCAGGUUGCAGGCGCUAAGUAUACCCAUAGCAGCGUCGCGAGGACAUGUUCUUGUUUCCAGCACUCUCUGGUAUCCAUGUUUCUCCAUUAGGUCUUUGUCUUCCUGGUCAAAUUUCCUAUUCAUGCUCAAGAGGCGUUUGGUGUGGAUCGCACCUUGGU